AUGGCCUCGGAACUGCUUUCUCUUAAAGGCCAGGUGCAGGCUCUGGCAGAAUCUCAAGCAACCGGAUUUCCAGGCAUGGAGGCAAAGCUUGCACAGGCUGAAGGCAAGUUUAGUGAAGGCAACAAGGAGAUCUUGGAAACUAUCAACAAAGUAGCCUUUGAGGAAGUCGAGGAAGACUCUAUUGAUCCCACAAAUCCAGCCCUUGAUCCUACCAAUGGGGAAAAGACAAACUUCAUGGCGGCUAAGGCGUGUACCAAGGAACUCACACAUCGAAGCCAGUUAGACUUUCAAGACAGCCUUCCACAGCUACAAGUUCUCAAUCUCCGCUUUAAUAACUUCCAUGGUCCUCUAGUUAGCGUAUCAAAGGUUAAGCAUCCAUUUUCAAAGCUUCAAAUCUUUGACAUCUCAAACAAUGAUUUCUAUGGCAAGUUGCCUUUAAGAUAUAUCGAUAAUUUUGCAACCAUGAUGAAUAUGAAUGAGUCUAGUCUUGGGAAUCCACAAUACAUGGGUGCCAAAGGCUUUACAUACUCAUAUUCCAUCGAGAUGACAUUCAAGGGACGACAACUACUAUACAUGAAGAUCAUCACUACUAUGUCGACUUUGGAUAUGUCCAACAACAAAUUUGAGGGAGGAAUUCCGAAUUCCAUAGGAAAAUUACACUCACUCCGAGGCCUUAAUCUGUCACACAAUCUUCUCACUGGUAGCAUCCCUCCCUCAAUUGGUAUGUUGUCCUUGCUCGAUUGUUUGGACCUUUCAUCAAAUAGGCUCAUUGGUCAUAUUCCUCAAGAAUUGACCAGUUUAACUUUUCUUGAGGUCUUUAAUGUGUCAAUGAACCUACUAAAAGGUCCUAUACCUCAUGGGAACAACUUUAAUACGUUCUCAGCCGAUUCAUACAAGGACAACCUUGGAUUGUGUGGACAACCAUUGCUUGAGUGUGGAGCUAGUCGCGUACCAUCUAUGAACAACACCGGAGAUGAUGAUGAAGAUCUUUCUAACGACGAUGGGAAUACAUUAUCGAUGUGGGAAAUCGUGAUGAUGGGAUUUGGUAGCGGUGUGGUGGUUGGCUUGGCUUGGGGAUACUAUAUGCUCUCUGUAGGAAAGCCCUUUUGGUUUAUCAAGCUUUCUUACAAAAUGGAGUUGGCUUUGCUUGGUUUUUGGGACCAGCAAUUUGGUUGA